UCCCGUAACGAUCACCGGUUUCAUCCUUAAUCCUUCGUUCUCUCAGCUCUUCUUCUACUUCCGUCAUGGCGCCCACUUUGGGCUUUUUUCCUGUUGUCACGUUGGUGGUGCUGUCUGGUUUUCCCGCCGCUGUGUCCUCGCGAAGGGACGUGCUCGAGCUCAGGGACGCGGACUUCGAUUACCUGGCAACAGAGCACGAGACCAUGCUGGUGAAAUUCUACGCUCCUUGGUGUGGUCAUUGUAAGAAAUUGGCCCCAGAGUUUGAGAAAGCUGCUAGUCGACUGAAAGGAAGUGUUCAAUUAGCAAAGGUGGACUGUACGACAAACUCUGAGACGUGCAGUCGUUUUGGGGUCUCAGGUUAUCCCACCUUGAGAAUUUUUAGGUACGGCAAAGAUUCCGCCCCCUAUGAUGGUCCUCGCACUGCAGAGGGGAUCUACGAGACUAUGAGGAGGCAGACUGGUCCAGACUCGAUGCACCUGAAGACCAAAGACGAUCUGAAGGCCUUUGUCAAUAACCAUGACGCCAGCAUUGUAGGUGUGUUCUCAGGUACGGACAGCCCCCGUCUGGCUGAGUUCCUGAAGGCAGCCACUCUACUCAGAGAACAGUUCCGUUUCGCUCACAGCACCAACCUGCAGCUCGCCGAAGAGCAUGGGGCCAACUCAGAAUGUGUGCUGCUGUUCAGACCUCCCAGACUCGCCAAUGCUUUUGAGGACAGCAUUGUCAUCUUCAGAGACUACCUGACCAUCGGCUCACUGCGGCGCUUCAUCAGAGAUCACAUCUACGGUCUGUGUCCUCACAUGACAAUAGAGAAUAGAGACCGACUGAGAGUCCGGGACCUGCUGACGGCGUACUACGAUCUUGACUACCAUCACAACAUCCCCGGCUCCAACUACUGGAGGAACAGGGUAAUGAAGGUGGCGUCUAAGUAUGUCGGGCGGGGUCUAACCUUCUCUAUAGCCAAUAAGAAGGACUUCCUGUUGGAGCUGGAGGAAGACUUUGGAAUGGGGACGUCAGAUGGAGGGGAGCUGCCCUUUAUCACCAUCCGGACCCGACUGGGUCACAAGUACACCAUGAGGGAGGAGUUCACGAGGGAUGGUGCGUCUCUGCAGAGGUUCCUGGAAGAUUACUUUGCAGGUCGACUCAAACGUUACAUCAAAUCAGAACCGAUACCUGAAAAGAACUCUGGGGCUGUCAAAGUGGUGGUAGCAGAGUCCUUUGAUCAGGUGGUGAAUGACCCGGAUAAAAAUGUUCUGAUCCAGUUUUUUUCUCCGUUGUGUCCUCACUGUAAGAAGUUGGAGCCGGUCUAUGGAGAGCUUGCUGAAACGCUGCGCUCUGACCCCAAAAUCGUCAUUGCCAAGAUGAACGCCCUGGCCAAUGACGUCCCUCUGGGUUACGAUGUCCAAGGGUUUCCCACCAUCUACUUUGCUCCAGUAGGCAGGAAGGACGAACCCGUCAGAUACCAGGGCACCCGCGAGCUCAAAGACUUCCUCCGGUUCCUCAAGCGAGAGGCGAGUCACCACUUGGUGUUGAGUGGCUUCAAAGAUGAACUCUGACACCCCCAACAGCAAGGAGGAGAGCCUGAAUCUGGAGCGCCAAUACCGGACAUUACAUCAGGACACUCGUUGCAUCAAAUCAAAUCGCUCACUCAUCCCUGAAACACACCACUAUUAAUCAUGCCAUUGUCAGCCUCAUUAUUUAUUUAUUUAUUUGUUUGUUUGUUUGUUUGUUUGUUAACUUCAGUCGACCUCCUUUCGUGCACAAACAGGUUGCAGGUGUUUUUCUUCUGUUUUUUGGGACAAUAAAGUUUUGUAUGAA